AAGCGAUCCUCCCUGGGUAAAAGAACACUGAGAACAGGCACUUGUCUUUCACCCCACAACUGCCAAUCCCCGGGGCAGUGUUCAAUAGUCUUCCUGCCAGAUACCGGAUUUCUCCCUCUAAUUUCCUGUCUGGGGGAGCGAUGGCCCGCCCCAACGGCCACUGCAAUAAUGAGCCAUCAACAAUGACACCGGGCCAGCAUACUACACAUCAACCCCUUAACGAGCAGAAGGGAUCGUACACUGCACUACCCGAUCGGUUCAUCAGGCAACCAGCGGGACCCGGAGGACGUGGAAGUCUGAGAGACGAUCCUGCGGGUCACAAAUGCAUGUGUUUUAAUAAAUAUAGCCAUCUGCUUGGCAUUGUUUGCGUCGGCCAAAACCUCAGACAUGGAGGAAAUAUAAUAAAUAAAUAGGCACUGUCUGUCCUCCUUUUCCCAUAUCGUGGGUCUCAAUUGCCUUCACAGAUCAAAAAUGAGAGCCCUACUGCCUCUGUCUGUGCUUGCGAGUGGCCUUGCUGCGCUCUGCAGGGCCACUCCUAUUUCUGCUCGCGAUUCUUAUGUCGUGCAUGAGAAGCGCGAUUUAUCCUCGACCGCUGCGAAAUGGACGAACUUGGGCCGGCUCGCGGCAGAUUCUGAUCUGACGGUGCGCAUUGGGCUGAAGCAGAGUAACCUCGACAAUGCGCAUGUGUACAUGCGGGACAUUGCUCAUCCUGAUUCCCCCAACUACGGGAAACACUGGACGUCGGAACAGGUGCUGAACGCCUUUGCACCGUCCGAGGAGACCGUCGCCAAUGUCAAGAACUGGCUGGUUAGGUCCGGGAUUGACGUGUCGCGGAUCGCCCAGUCCGAUAACAAGGUGUGGCUUGGUUUCUCUGCGCCAGUUAGCCAGGUCGAGAGUCUCCUGCAGACCAGGUACUACCGGUACCAGGACAAUUCGAGCGGAAGCAAGGUCAUUGCGUGCGAACAGUACCGUGUCCCGAGCUCCGUCCAGGGCGACAUCGACUACGUGGUGCCGGGGAUCAUCAUGAAAUCCCCAUUAGUGACCGGGAACAGACGACCAGCAGCCACGAAGAAACGGUCAGCAGUACCGGCAUCGAAGGCGAGGAGUGCCGUCCCCAAAUCUCGCCAGGAAGGCAAAAGGUCACAAUCAAUAGACCCGUCCUGUGGCAGUCUCAUCACUCCCGACUGUAUUAGCAACCUCUACCAGAUCCCUGAGGCGAAGACUGCACAACCUGGCAACGAGCUGGGCAUCUUCGAGCAAUCAGACAGCUACUCCCAGGAAGACCUGGAUCUGUUCUUCACCAAAUACAGCCCCUGGAUUCCAAACGGAACGCACCCGAUUCUAAAUUCAAUCGACGGUGGUAAAGCGCCUGUCCCUACUUACUAUGCGGGUGCUGAGUCGGAACUGGAUUUCGAGCUGGCUUUCCCCAUUGUCUAUCCGCAGAGUAUCACGCUCUAUCAGACUCAAGUGGGGAAUCUCAAUGGGUCUUGGGAGAUGCCGGAGGGGAUUUUCAACCCUUUCCUUGACGCAAUUGACGGGUCAUACUGCAAAUACUGCGCAUACGGGGAAUGCGGCGACAACCCAGACAUCGAUCCCAGCUAUCCCGACCCAAAUCCCGAGAACGGAUACAACAGCACUCUGAUGUGCGGCGUAUACAAGCCGACAAACGUGGUUUCCAUCUCGUAUGGCAGGGCGGAAAGCGACUUGCCCGCAUCAUAUCAGCAAAGGCAAUGCAAUGAGUUCAUGAAACUAGGUCUUCAGGGCAUAUCCAUUGUCGUCGCAUCGGGCGAUUCGGGCGUCGCUUCUCGCUUCGGCUGCAUAGGACCUCAAGAGAGAAUAUUCAAUCCCGAUUACCCAGGAACCUGCCCAUGGCUGACCAUGGUCGGUUCAACGGGAAUCUACAACGACACCAUCGGGAAAUCCCAGCCUGAGAUCGCAACCGUCUCAUUCCCAUCUGGUGGAGGCUUCAGCAAUAUCUACCCGAUCCCGGAUUACCAAUCUGACGCCGUAGCAAAGUUCUUCAAGGACUACCCCCCACCCUACCCCUACUACGACAGCACCAACAACAACUCUUUCGGUGCAAAUGGAGGCCUCUACAACCGCAACGGACGAGGAUUCCCAGACGUAUCUGCGUUGGGCGAUAACAUUGCCACGUUUACAUACGGGGAAUCCAUGCCGAAUGCGGGAACUAGCGCCAGCGCACCAAUCUUCGCCUCCAUUCUCAACCGUAUCAACGAGGAACGCCUAGCGGCCGGCAAGGGAACAGUCGGCUUCGUCAACCACGCUCUAUAUGCGAAUCCAUCCAUGCUGAACGAUGUCACGGGUGGAUCGAAUCCGGGGUGUAAUACGAAGGGAUUUUCUGCGUCCCCGGGAUGGGAUCCGGUGACAGGAUUGGGAACGCCCAAUUAUCCGAAGAUGUUGGAGUAUUUCCUGUCUUUGCCUUGAUUCAUUGAUGAACUGAAUCAAUUAACCAUGCAUAUGUCCUUUUUUUGUAUGAACAUUGAAGGCGUCGAGGUCAGGUGGUUGAGCGACCCAGGCAUCAGACCUGGGAGAAAGCCCUUUCAUACAGUAGACCUCGCAUGUCUGAGCAUUCCCGAGGAAAGGAAGCUCUUGGUGGAACUAAAGAGGGAACAAGAGCUUCCUUGGUCAGAGGUGACAGAUUGUUCCCAGAGUGGUUUUCAGGAAGGUUCGAGUUUGAUCCGGUUUUACUAGUGUAGAGUGUUAAGAGGUGAAGAUAGGCAUUAAUACUUCUCCAUGUGAAGCAUGCAACGUGGCCGAUGAGGGAAGUGGAAGGUGUAUCCGCCUUGCAGAUUUCUGAAAGGGUAAGAUGGAAGCGUAGGCUAAGAGUAGCAUAGAGUUGACGUGUAGAUGGCGCGUAUACAGCGCACACUGCGGUGAAGGCAAAUUACUGCAUCUGGAAAAUUGAGGCUUGGGUUACAGGAGAAGGUUGACGGGGUUUAUAUUCCAUUUACGUCUCUAUUCUUUACAGGCUCAAACAUGCCUGAAACACUAGUGUGACAUGGGGAGACGGGUGAAGAAGGAACAAAAGUUUUGAAACCUAUCCAAGGAAAUCAGAGACCAGUAAGAUGUUCCCAAUGGCUGAAAUGGAGGCCUCCUCACUCUACAGAGCCUUGCCGGACCAACCUGGCCCCCUGAAGAGGUUUGCGGAAGGCUAGCGAAUUGGGAAGCAGGGUCCGAAUUUAAGGAUAUUGUCGAUGAGGACCUACCAGAGGAGCAUGUGCUCGAGAGUAACAUGUACUGUUGAAUAUUACGAGCCACGUGGUCCCCGAGGAGCUAUUUUGAAGUCAC